AGGCAAAUGUCUGAUCAAUUCAGAUAACAGCUCUUAACCAUUCAGACUCUGUAUAAUACUUAACCAUUCAGAGGCAAAUCUCUUAACCAUUCAGACAUCUGAACCAUUAAGAGGCUGAAACAAACAGUCUGAACCAUUAAGUGCUGAAUCAUUCAGACAUCUGAACCAUUAAGAGGCUGAAACAAACAGCCCCUAAGGAAUGCUUCACUCUUCAGAAGGAGAUGCAGCGACUCAUCGCCCGAGGCCCGGCUCCGCGAGACAAUGGAGCAGCCUCUUCCCGGGGCCCACUGGAAAGGAAAACGUGGAGGAAGCCGACCGAGCCGGUCGCGGUGGCCACGCAAGCGAGGAACCCCGAGAAGAGGCACAUUGGGCGAGAGUGUGAUGAUCUAGACGAGGACGAAGCCCAAGGAUAUCCGGUGGGGUUCAUCCAUGGAGGAAAAAUCGGCGGGGAUUCCGCCGCUCAAAGGAAGAAGUGGAAGCACAUGGCCUUCGUCGCCAAGGUCCAACAGGCGCCGGCGCCCAAGCUCGGAAGACGAGAGCAAAUCCAAUUCACAGAAAAGGAUCUUCCGAACACGCCGAGCCCCCACCGGGAUGCCUUAGUCGUGAGGAUAGAAAUCAACAACGCUAUAGUGCACCGCACCUUGGUGGACACGGGAAGCUCGGUCAACAUAAUGUAUGAGAAGACUUUUCAAGACCUCAGCUUGGACCGCAAGGACUUAAGGCCCCUGCGCACUCCUCUCUCCGGGUUCACAGGGGACUCCAUCGAGGCCGAAGGAGUCAUCACCGUGCCCGUGAUAGUAGGGGAUGGUGCGCACAAGGCCAAGUUGAAGAUGGAGUUCAUGGUUGUGAGCAUCAGCUGCGCGCACAACAUGAUCUUAGGACGGCCCGGCCUCGAGGACUUGGAAUGUGUGAUCUCCCCAUACUACUUGUGCAUGAAGUUCCCCACUCCUUCGGGAAUCAGGGUGGCGAGGGGAGACCAAAAUUUAGCUCGACCGUGCUAUGUCCGAAUCACAAAGAAGUUGCCGAGGGAUGAGACGUUGGUCGUGCACGCACAAGAAGAAAUGCGGAAGCUGGAAGCACGACCGAAGGCCAAGCCCGCUGAGGAGGUCGAGGAGGUGCUGCUCGACCCUCGGAGCAAGCUCUUUGCACCCGUCCUCGGGAAGAGCAUGGAAGCGUACAUCGACGACAUGAUUGUGAAGAGCAAGCAGGCGACCACCCAUGCGGAAGACUUAGAGGGAGUUUUCAAGAUUAUGGAGAAGUACAACCUUCGGCUGAAUCCGAAGAAGUGCACGUUCGGAGUUCAAGGCGGCAAAUUCUUGGGAGAUAUGGUGAGCAGGCGCGGUAUUGAGCCCAACCCUGAGAAGGUGCGCGCCAUCCUUGACAUGGAAGCUCCACGAAAUGUCAAGGAGGUGCAGCGCUUGACCGGUAAGUUGGCUGCACUCAGUCGCUUCCUUUCCAAGGUAGCGGACCGAACCGCUCCGUUCUUCCGAGCUGUGAAGAAGUCCCGAGGGUUCGUGUGGACGAAAGAAUGCCAACAAUCCUUUGAAUCCCUCAAGUCCUACCUCCUCUCUCCUCCGGUUCUCGCGAAGCCCGAAGCGGGGGAGACGUUGUACUUAUACGUGGGUGUUUCACCCAAAGCUUUGAGCUCGGUCCUAGUCCGAGACAAAGGUGGAGCUCAGCACCCGGUGUAUUAUACGGCGAAGACGUUGAGGGGUGCUGAGCUCAGAUACUCAGUAGCCGAAAAGACGGUCCUCGCCGUGGAGGAAGGUCGAGCGCAGACCAUACCCGGAUGUUCUUCCUGGACGAAGAUCAAACACUCGUGCUCGGCGCUCCUCCUCAGGAGGAAGGUCGAGCGCAGACCAUACCCGGAUGUUCUUCCCGGACGAAGGUCAAACACUCGUGCUCGGCGCUCCUCCUCAGGAGGAAGGUCGAGCGCAGACCAUACCCGGAUGUUCUUCCCGGACGAAGGUCAAACACUCGUGCUCGGCGCUCCUCUUCAAGAGGAAGGCCGAGCGCGGACCAUACCCGGAUGCUUCCCGGAUGAAGGUCAGACACUCGCGUUUGGCACUCCUCCUCGGGAGGAAGGCCGAGCGCAGACCAUACCCGGAUGUUCUCCCCGGACGAAGGUCAAACACUCGUGCUCGGCGCUCCUCCUGAGGAGGAAGGUCGAGCGCAGACCAUACCUGGAUGUUCUUCCCGGAUGAAGGUCAGACACUCGCGUUUGGCACUCCUCCUUGGGGAGGGAAGUCAAGCGCAAGCCAUACCCGGAUGUUCUUCCCGGAUGGAGGUCAAACACUCGUGCUCGGCGCUCCUCUUUGGGGAGGGAAGUCAAGCGCAGGCCAUACCCGG